AGAGGAGCCUUAACGGCGGCUGUCCCCGGCGGCGGGGAGGGCUGGCAGGGAGGGAGCGGGUGGACCCGCCGGGGCCGCAGCUGGCGAUGCCUCCCCUGCUGCCGGGGGCCCCGCGCGGCCCGAGGGCAGCCUCCGCCGCGGUGCCCCGCCGAAGCCCGGUGCGGGCCGGCGGCUGCGGGGCGCGGGGGGCCGGUACCCGCCGCUAAGCCGCUACAGCGGGAAGGGAAGAGGAAAGGGGAGCGAUGUCCUCGCUGGUGAAGGAGGACCUGGCGAAGAGACUGUUCGGGCCUCGGCGGCGGCGGCUACAGGAAUUCAUCGAGGUGGAGGGCUCGGGCGCCGGGCGCUGCUACCUGUGCGCCGCAGUGACUAAAAGUGAAGAAGUAGAAAUAUGUAUGGUUAAACACUUGCGAGUGGAUCUAGAGGAGAAAUAUGAAAUACUUGAAAAAUGGUUUUUGAAAGAUCUGGAGAUGAUUGAUGGAAAAGAAGCAGACACUGAUAAUCCAUAUUUUGAUAUGCACUUCCACAAAGUCUACAACCUGGAAGCAUAUAGUUGUGCGUCUAAAUAUACCUUUGCUCGAACGCUGAACAAACUCAAUGAAAUUUACCUUAAGAAGGACUUGAAGAUUGUGAACUUUGAUGACACCUACCUAAAUGAUGAUUCAAUAUGGUCAUCAAACAAUAGGGAUUGCUUGGUACUUAUGAGGAUAUGCUUCUAUGCUUCCAACCUUUUGUGUCUCUCCCUGUGUCCUUUGUCCUAAAGAUGCAUUUUCUAACAUUAAGGCAACUGGUUGACUUUCACUGACCAGCAUUUCAUAAAUCAUCUGAUCAAAAAGAUAGUAAGUGAUAUGCAGUAUCUGCUUUAUAAUUUAACAUAUAAGUAACAAUUGGAACAUACUUUUUACAUAAAUGAUUGUCCAUUCAUUUAUAUAUAUUAGGAGGGCCUCGCUCUGGCAAAUACUUACAAAUAUAUGAGACUUUCAACAUAGAACCAGUAAUUUUCAUAGUCAGUGGUGAUUGCUUAUGUAAGUAGAAGUCAGCAUUUUCUCACAUGUUCAUGGGGGUAUAAACUAUCUUUCAUUAAUAGCCUGAAAUAUUUUUAAAGCAUUAGCAGCAUUAACAGUUAAUUUAUGUUGUGGAAGUAGAUACAAGAAAGCAACCAAAUUAGUUCUGUAUAAGAAUGAUGCACAUUUCCAUUUUCAAAUGGAAUAUAAAUGUAGAUAUAAAUGUAAGAUAUAAAUAUAGAACUCUGUUAAAGGGAUCACACCUGCAUCAGUACAAGAAUCAAACCCUCAUUCUGAUGAAUUGCAGUUUUGCAUUCAGGUACCAUGGGACCAACUUCUCACCUGUGCACUUACAUUAUUUUCCCUCAACUUUAAGUACUCCCUUUGGUCUUCCCAUUAUUUAAGAUACUGUCUUAGAAACAGAAAGGGGAUUUCUUAUGGAGAAUUGCUUUCUUUGUCAGACCUUUUGAAACUUCUUUUCUUUUGUAUCAUUAACAUCUUUCUUGCACUUCAUUGCUUAUGUAUAUGAACAGGCCUGGUUAAGAGAACAGAAAUUGUUAUGUCUCUAACUCUGAACAAAGAGUUAACAAAAUACUAUGUAAACAGUAGUUGUUGACUACUACAGUUACUUUGUAGACAAGUGAUAGACUUUUAAAAAUUCAUAAAACUGAGAGUAAUUUUGUCCAGCUUCUAGCUAUGUGUUAGUAUAUUCAGUGCGCUACUUAAAUGUGUGUUAGUACUUACGAGUUACAUUUAACAUGGGGUGGAGCCUACUGAGUGGUUUGGAAUGUCUCACCCUUAACAAAAAAUGAGGGCUGGACUUGUGACAGUAUAUCACAGUAGAAACAGGAUGAAUUAAAGCUGUAUAGAGCAAGAGCUGAAGAGGAGCGAUUUUGACAGUAAGAAGCACAAAUAUACUGCCAAGAGUCAGUCAGCUAAGCUAGUUGGCUGCUCUUUGCAUACUCCAUUAAGAAAUGCCAACCCAGAAGGUCAUUCAGAGAAGCUUCUGGUGAGAACAUACUGCAGGAGAAAAUUUGAUUUCUCUUUUGGUAGCAACGAGAAUAGGAAGACUAACUGUGGAGUAAACCAGCUACACACCUAAAGCUGACUGACGUAAAUAGCUCCUAGGAAGUCUCAAGCUGGUUAAUGUCCUUGCUCAGUACCUGCCACCUGUAAAAUGGAACAGGCGCACAAGGGUACUGUGACUUGUAUUUCACUGUUGUCUUCCAUGUGAACUCCCUCCUUUGAAAACAUUUACAUAAAUGGAUUCAAAAUAAAAAUAAUAUCAAGUAACUGAGAAUAUAUUUGAAAAACUGUAUAAAAUGUACAGCUUUUUACUUUAAUUUUUAAAAGUUAUCCUAUUGAUUGUAUAUAGGAAAGGCCAUACCUUGAUUAGCUGAUCUUCAGAAACUAUAUGUUUAUUCUAGGCAUAGGUUGUAAAUUACAUUUGUUCUAACCCAAAUCUGAGUAAUCAUGUAUAUCUUGACAAUUGUGAGGGCAGUUUAUGUGGGUAACACAUAUAUUCUGGUUUUUGUAGAGACUGAAGUCUUAUAUUUGCCACCUAAAUAUUGUUAGAGAGAAGGACUGUAUUUAUAGUAAUUGUUUAUGUAAUGCAGUUGCUCUUUAUGGCAUGUCUGUGGGAUAAUACAGCGCAAGUAUCUGUGUUGUAACAUUUGACCCGUAACUAUAAGAAGUAUUUGCCCAACAACGAGGUUCCACAAAACCAUCUUCAAUAGCAAGCAUAAUUUAGACUACUGUUAUCUAUUAUACAUUGUCGUGUUUGGGUGAUGUACUAACUUUAGAGGUCACAAUGUUUUCUCUAAUGUGCUUAAUAGUCACAAGGAAAUAGUUUCUGUGUUGAAGAGCUUCCAUCGUUCAUCUUGAAAUAAAAGCACAGACCUUCUAAUGAUAAGCACUUCAGAGCAUUCUUUUGAAGUAAAGUAUAGUGAAUUCCUGACCAGAAAUUGUAUUGUAUUAGAAACUGAUAAGCUAAAAAUGGCUGUAACGUUCAACCUUAUUUAACAGACUUGCAUUAGUAGUUUGUAUAUUUCUACUCUUGUAUUGUAUAAACAUUAAACUGACUGUAUUAAAAGAUAAAUAAUACUGCAUUUUAUGUGGAAUAAUACACAAUUAAAACCUGUUUGGCAUUGAUAACAUAACAUUUCAGACAUUCUUCACUAAGUGCUUAGACUAAACAAAAGGAGAAAAAGGGACAUUGUCCACGUGAAUUAUUUAAGUUAUUAUCAGAAGAAAAAACACUUUAAAUGAUCUUCGUGGACCUAGUCUAGAGCCUUCUUACAUUUACACAGUUCUUUGUAAGAUGUCACAUACCAAGACACUAUGUAAUUGCUGACUGGUCUGAUUGUGCUAUGGAAAGU